AUGGACAGUCCCAAGGCCGCCCUGCUCUUUGCACUUGCCCCAGACAGUUGUGUCUGGACAUGUGCCUGUGUGUGGCUCAUGUUCACCCCUUGCUCACAUGUUCUGUCCCAUCAGCCUCCACCACUGGCAGUCCCACUGCCAUACAGUCGCUUCUGCACUCGCUGUGUGUCACUCAAAGGCUUUUGGUUUGAGCACGCCCACUUUGUGCCAUCAGACCAUGUCUCACUGCACACUACACACUGGACCCUGGCGGACCAGGUUGUUGACUCAUGGUAUACCUCAGUAUUUUCAAUGGGCACAGACAAUGCAACCCGUCACCAGGAUUUUCUCCUGCUGGGCUUUCCUGGGUCCCAGGUCCUUCAGCUAUCUCUCUUUAUGCUUUUUCUGGUAAUGUACAUUCUCACAGUGGGUGGGAACAUGGCUAUCUUGAUGCUGGUGAGUACCUCCCACCAGCUACAUACCCCGAUGUACUUCUUUCUGAGCAACCUUUCUUUCUUGGAGAUUUGGUAUACCACAGCUGCAGUCCCCAAAGCCCUGGCCAUCCUUCUGGGGAGAAGCCAAACCAUAACAUUUACUGGCUGCCUUUUGCAGAUGUACCUUGUUUUCUCAUUGGGCUGCACAGAGUACUUCCUCCUGGCAGCCAUGGCUUACGACCGCUAUCUGGCCAUCUGCUAUCCUCUACACUAUGGGGCCAUCAUGAAUAGCCUGCUCUCAGCACAGCUAGCCCUGGGAUCAUGGCUGUGCGGUUUUCUGGCCAUUUCAGUGCCCACAGCUCUCAUCAGCACCCUGUCCUUCUGUGGUUCCCGCACUAUCAACCACUUCUUCUGUGACAUUGCACCCUGGAUCACCCUGGCUUGUACCAGCACACAGGCCGUGGAACUCGUGGCCUUUGUGAUUGCUUUUGUGGUCAUCCUGAGUUCAUGCCUCAUCACCUUGGUCUCCUACAUCUAUAUCAUCAGCACAAUUCUCAGGAUCCCUUCGGCCAGCAGCAGGAGCAAAGCCUUCUCCACAUGCUCUUCACAUCUCACUGUGGUGCUCAUCUGGUAUGGGUCCACCAUCUUUCUUCAUGUCCGCCUCUCCAUCAAAGAGUCCUUGGACCUGACCAAAGCCAUUCAUGUCCUGAACACUGUGGUGACUCCAGUUCUAAAUCCCUUCAUCUACACUCUCCGUAAUAAAGAAGUAAGGGAAACUCUGCUGAAGAAGUGGAAGGGGAAUUAA